AUGAUCAGGCCGUCAUCUUGGGCCCUGUGGGCUACGACGCUGUCAGUCACGCUUGGCGCGUCCGCCGUCGCGGGCCAAAAAUUGGAGGACGUCCUCGCGAAGCAGGCCAAUCUCACAACUUUUCGCGAUCUUGUCAAGGGAAACAGCGAAAUCUUCUCGAAGGUGCCCAAAUCCGGCGUCACGAUCCUCGCGCCGAGCGACCAGGCCUACACCAAGGGUCAGGGCUGGGACUCCGACAAGGACGGCAUCCCCGUCGCGCUCCAGUACGGCAUCAUCAACGCCAAAAUCGCCUUCGACGCCUUGUUCCCGGGCAACUCGUCCAUCGAAUCCACCCUGCUCACGGACACGCGGUACUCCAAUGUCACGGGCGGGCAGAGUGUGCUGGUGACCAAAGGGCCCAAUGGCGAGGUGGUCGUGACGUCGGGGGUGGCCCAGCGCACGACGGCCGUCGAGACGGACAUCGAAUUCGAUGGCGGAUAUGUUCAGAUUAUCGACAGCUUGAUGGUCCCGCCGGCUCGCAUUGAAAAGACUGCGCGCGAUGCGUAUACUGAUCUGACGUCGUUCCUGGGGGCGCUGUACGCGACCGACCUGGUGACUGAGUUCGCCGAGACGCAGAAUGUCACCAUCUUUGCGCCGCGGAAUGCCGCCUUUCAGCAGAUUGCGGGCACCGUGUCCGCGAUGAGCAAGGAAGAUCUCCGCCGGGUGCUGCAAUAUCACAUUGUGCCUUCGACAGUGUACGGCAAAUCAGCCCUGGUGAGUGGAGCGAAACUUCAGACGGGGGUCAAUGGGAGGAACCUCAGCGUGACGCUGUACAACAACGACAUCUUCGUCGACUCGGCGCGCGUCAUUCAGACGGACAUCCUCAUCGCCAACGGCGUCAUCCAGAUUCUUGACGCGGUGCUCAACGUCAACUCCAACAACACGACGCCCAACGUGACCGCGGUGACACAAGCGCCCGUCUUCACCGUCACAGGCAGCGCGGAAACAGGCACCGCGGCACCGACGCCAUUCGUCUCCGCCCUCCCGUGCACCACGGACUGUCCCGUCACGGGCAGCGCCAGGGGUGGGGCCGGAGGGACGGUGACUGGAGGAGUCAGUCCCAGCUCGAGCACCGGAGGUGUGGCCGCGGCGCGAUGCACUGGUGGCCUUGCCGCUGCAGGCGUGGGGUUGGGGUUGGCUGUGGGUGUGUUGGGGAUGGGUGUCGUCGUCUGA